UUCAAUACGUGUUUGUAAACAUUGAAUACUGAAGUCAUUAUGUUCUGCUUUUGUAUUACCAAAUAUUUACGUGCAGUCCCCAAAAGACCUUAUUAUGCUUUAACUAAAAUUUAUCAUCCGUUAUGCUAUGGAUCUCAUUCUUGUUUGUCUUCCAUCUCUUUUGAAACAUGCGAAUCGAAGCAAGUUUUGAAAAAAGAUAUAUCUGGUUCUUAUCCUCUUGCUUAUGACCCUAAAGAAGUUGAAAAAGGAUGGUAUGAGUGGUGGGAACAAAAUGAUUUUUUUCAUUCUGAGUCAAUUCCAAAAUAUCAAAAAAAGGAUGAAUACCCCAUAUUUUCCUUUGUGUUGCCCCCUCCAAAUGUGACUGGGAAUUUACACAUUGGUCAUACUUUAACUGCCACUAUUCAAGAUUGUAUUGCAAGAUGGUAUCGAAUGAAAGGUUACAAAGUGCACUGGAUACCUGGCUAUGAUCAUGGUGGAAUUGCCACUCAGAGAAUAGUUGAAAAAAAGAUUUUGAAAGAAAAGAAGCUAACAAAACAAGAAAUUGGUAAAGAAGACUUUAUUGAAGAGCUUAAUGAAUGGAAAACUAUUGGGAAGCAAAACUCAAAUGACAGUCUUCCAUUGCUCUACAGUCCAGGUUUUAUGACUUCGUCAGCACUUUCUCCUCUUACAGGCAUUUUGAUUUCUGAUGAGUGGCUUUUGAAUUGCAGCUUACCCAAAAAUAUCCUAUUUGUGGAGCUCCUUUCUUAUGAUUUUGGUGCUGACAGGUACUCAGAAAAAUAUGAAAUCCAGUUAAAAAAAUUGGGAUCUUCGUUAGAUUUCCGUACAUCAUGCUUUACUAUGGAUGAGAAUGCUUCAAAAGCUGUAAAGAAAGUGUUCAUUGAACUGUAUGAAAAGAAUCUGAUUUAUAGAAAGGAAAAAUUGGUUAAUUGGUCCAGUGAAAUAAGAUCUGUUAUCUCAGACAUUGAAGUUGAUCACUUGGAAGUUCCUGGCAGAACAAUAAAACGAAUUCCAGGCUUAAGUGAACCUGUUGUUUUAGGUUUAUUAGACUUCUUUUAUUAUCCAGUAUUGGAUUCUGAUGAAAAAAUUUUAGUCGCAACCACACGCUUAGAAACAAUGCUUGGAGAUUCAGCAUUAGCAGUGAAUCCAGAAGACACAAGAUAUUCUCAUCUGAUCGGCAAAUCUGUUAAGCAUCCUUAUACAGAGGAUAGCUUACCAAUUAUAUCUGAUAAGAGCAUAAACAAAAAUUUUGGAACAGGUAUUAUGAAGAUUACUCCAGGCCACGAUUUCCAUGACUUUGAACUUGCUGAAAAACAUAAGUUAAAGAUCUUAAAUAUAUUAUCUGAUGAUGGAACUAUUAAUCAAGAUGUAGAGAACUUUAAAGGUAAACACCGCUUAAUUGUCAGAGAUUUAUUGAGAAAAGAUUUAAAAGCAAAAGAUCUGUAUAAAGAAUCAAAAAGCCAUGCAAUGAGUAUUCCAUUUUGUAGCAGAACUGGGGAUAUUGUUGAACCUCGAUUAAAAGAACAAUGGUACUUAAAUUGCACACAGAUGGGUGAGAAGGCUGUAGAGGUUGUCAAGCAAGGGAAGCUUCGUUUUAUCCCAGAACAUCAUGAAAAAGUCUGGUUUGAGUGGUUCAGACAUCUUAAAGACUGGUGUAUUUCAAGGCAGCUAUGGUGGGGGCAUCGUAUACCAGCAUAUAAAAUCUUCUCACCAAAUUCUCAGGUUAAUUUCCGUUGGAUAGCUGCUAGAUCUCAUGAAGAAGCCGUUCAGAAAGCAUCUGAGAAGUUUAAUUUAAAUCCAAGUGAAAUUACUGCAGUUCAAGAUGAUGACGUGCUAGAUACUUGGUUUUCAUCUGCCUUAUAUCCACUUAUUGCUCUGGGAUGGCCAAAAAAGGAAAAUGCAUUGGAAAAGCUAUACCCACUUACUUUAAUGGAAACUGGAUUUGAUAUUCUUUUUUUCUGGGUUGCAAGAAUGGUUAUGUUAGGGCAACAAAUUACUGAAAAACUUCCUUUUCAUGAGGUACUUUUACAUGGAAUGGUUUGUGAUUCACGUGGAACAAAAAUGACCAAGUCAUUAGGAAAUACUCUUGAUCCAUUAGAUGUGAUAAAAGGCAUAUCUUUAGAGGAUAUGUUGAAACGGGCUAAAGAAGAUCAAGUUAGUUUAUCUCCAGAGGAAAUGAAAAGCAUAAUAUGUGGUUAUCGAAAAAAUUUCCCUCAGGGUAUACCAGAAUGUGGAACUGAUGGCCUUCGUCUUUCAUUGCUCUCACAUGAUGUUCAGCAUCAACAAAUCAGUAUUGAUGUGAAAGCUGUGCGAACAUGUCGACAUUUUUGUAAUAAAAUUUGGCAAGGCUUCAGGUUCUUCAGAAAAUCUAUUGAAAAUUAUCCAGUGGGUUCUCUUACUCCUCUUACUUCUGAGGAAGUUUUAAAUCUGGAAAGGGAAAGCGUUGAUCGAUGGAUACUCAGUCGAUUAGCUGGCCUUGUGGCAGUGAGCAACACACAUCUAGAAGAAUUCAAUUUUCAUUUAGUAGCUGCUGCAAUAAGACAGUUUUGGGUUAAAAACUUUUGUGAUAUAUAUCUUGAAUAUGUAAAAAGUGUUUUACUAACAGACAAUGCACAACGUUAUUUUGUAUGUCGUGUGAUGUUAACAUGUAUUGAGACAUUUUUAAAAGUCAUUUCUCCUGUUAUGCCAUUUCUCUCAGAAGAGCUUUACCAGAGGUUAUCAUUAUUAGCAAAUAUCGAAACUUCACCCAGUAUUUCUGUUGCUUCAUAUCCAGUUGCUAGUGAAUAUUCUGGUUGGAGAAACACAGUUUUGGAAGCAGAUUUACAUACUGUUACAGAUUUGAUAGAAAUUGCUAGAUCAUUAAAAGCUCGACAUGGUGUUACCAAACUACGGCCUGCAGUUACAAUAGCUGUGGAAGAAGAAAACACUAUUUCAGCUCUGAGUCCAUUUAGUAACCUUAUAAUUUUACUUGCCAAACUAGAAUCUGUAACAUUUCAUCUUACUCAAGGUCAAGAAUUUUUUGAGCAUCAUCCUCAAGAUUCAUGGGUAUUUCAGACGCAUGAGCAUGGCAUUACUGUUAUAAUGGAUAUUGGAGAAAGGGUUAAUAUUCAAGAGAAUGAAGCCAACAAAUUAGAUAGCAUUCGAUCAGAGUUGAACAAGUUGAACAAAAUGUUGUCCGACCGUGGUUAUCGGAAAAAUGCUCCUCUCAGUGUGCAAGAAAAGACAAUGGCAAAAAAAGCAUCUUUAGAAGGAGAACUUCAAAAAUAUCUGAAUCAAUAUGGAAAAAGUGAAUCUGAGAAAAAAGAGGAUUCUUCAUGUUCAUGAAGAAUAAAUGAUUGUUAUGAUACUGAUGUUCUAUAGAGUGAAGGAUUCAACUAUUCUGUAGAGUAUCUUUGUUACGUUAGUUUCGUAUGGAAGUGCAUAAAAACUAAUCAACAUCUAGAAUCAUGACAUACUCAAAACACAGUUUAUGGCAUUUAUGAUGAACAUAUGUUCUAUGUAAAUAUAAGAAGUGUAAACCCUUCCAUCUUUUGCAUGAUAGAGUAUUAUUUUUGUGUAAUUUAUUCCUAGUUUUUGUGUCACCCUGAAAUUAAAAAACAUAAUAUCAUCCUGGAAGCUAAUUUAUGAUCUAGAUUAUAUAUGUCUUUCAUAGUUUUUAUGAAUAAGCAGGUGCAGAUAUAAAUGUGGAAAUAUUUAUUCAAUUUUAAAAUAAAGUUAUCUGUGAUUUGUAUUGUAGCUGUUCUUCAUGCUGCAGAUUUUUUUUAAAUGAAAAUAGAGCCAAACUUGAACCUGGAUUUAAUUUUAUCUUAAAUUAAUUCAGUUUUCCCCUGGGUUCAUAUUUCUAAGCUUGUGUUUCGUAAGUAACUGCACUGAAUAACUGAACAUUUGUUUAUGAAUUGAUAGAAUGUACAUCAUUAAUGAUAUAAUUACAAAAUAAUAGAGUGUGCAUAGAGUGUACCAUCAUCAUUUCCCAUUGCACUAAAAAUAAUGAUUUUUUUUCAUCUAGUAGCAUUAAUAUUUUUCAGUUUCAUUUAUUUAUUAUUUUAAAUCUAUUUAUGUACUUUUAGUAUCUUUUUUCUUCUUCUCAAAUUCCUUUUAGCUGUUUUGAUUUUUAUGAGAGCCAUUUGAUAAGUAUGGUGUAAAAAUAGGUGAAACAAUAUAAAAAAAAAAAAAAAAAAAAAAAGAACUGAUUUUAUUUUCUAACAUUGUCUUUUUUUAAUGCUAUAUGUGGAAUCUAUUACGUAUGCAGUAUUUUUACAUUGUUGAAAAAGUUGUUUUUUUUAGAGACUGCAAAAUAUAUAUUCGAAGCUGUGAUGACAUAUUAUUUAACAAGCAUUUCUUCAAUAAGCUAAAUUUUCAGGUUUAUGGAUAAGACGUUGCUUGGGCUCAAAUUUAGAGAAAUAGGAUUUCUUGGUCAUCAUUUCAGUACUUGGAAAUCAGUUCAUUUUUGAUUCAGUUCUUCUAUCAGAUGGUCGAAUAAUGUUUCACGGUUGCUUUCUGUUAUUAUUUUUCUUUUCUUCAAUCCAAUCUGAUGAUUCCAGCUAACACAUUCCAUUUCUUUUGACAUACUUUCAUUGCUUGCUGUCCACUGCUUUGACAUAGAUGCGUAAUAGUGGAUCCAUGUUUCAUGUUCUGCAGCUAUGAAUCAGUGCAAAAAGUCUUGUGAAUGCAAUCAAACAUCACCACAUAGUGCUAUGAAUCUCCUGGUCUUCUAUAAUGAUAUCAUAGGUAUUGUAUCAGUCCGUCGAUAUGUUGUGUUCUGGAUACACCAGAAUUCGGAAAGUUUUACUUUUUAGCACUUCCAGUCAAUAUGCUGUAUGAUCAUAUGGUGCUGAGGGGUGGGGACAAGGGUAAGAAGCACCUUCAAAGUCAGAAUAUUUGUUGCUGUGAUUUGGUAAAAGAAUUUAUUGCACUAGUGUGCCUUGUGGCUAUUAAUAUUAUUUUCUGUUCCCGAGUUUUUAUGCUAUAUAUUUAAUGCUACUGUCACUACCAUUGUUUAGAUCCAUGUUUGAUGUAGAUAUGCUUUCAGAUUUCCUCAUUUAACAUUAAAAUCCCAUCUUAUCAAGUGCUUUUAUGAUAGUUAAAGAAUAUGACAAAUUUUGGCAGUCUUUGGUCUAAAGGAUAAAGGUAAAUAACUCAGUAUGUUGUUGUUUGUAGUGACUGUGAUUGUACUCACAAAUCCAUCAUUCCAGUCUAAGGAAAAAAACAGGGACACUUGUAUAGAAUCCCUCAAAAUUUAAUUGACAAUAUCUCAGAAAAUUUUAAUAGUGUAAAACUUUUUCAGGAGACUGCUAAGGUAUAUAAAAUAUUUUUAUCAAGAUGCAUUUUUGCAUGAAUGCAGAGUCCAUGUAAAAUUUAAAAUUUUAUUAUGUUAUUAAAAGUCAUGACAUGACCAAAUUU